AUGGAAAAUGUUGGCCAAUACAAACCAUUUGUAAAGAAAAUGAUACUUCUUAUUGUCUCCAAUUCCCUUCUCUUCCAAUCCAUUGAUCCCGAUUAUUUCGUUAAAUACAUGGUUGAAGUUGGAAAAUCCAUAAAAAACCCAGCUCAUUCCACUUUACGAUUGUCAUCUUUGAUAUAUUUAAUCACUGGACCAUUGAAGAAUACGAUCGGAUCAAGGAUAGACACGUUCGCGGUUGCUCUUGCUGUUGCUUUGCUUCAUCCCGUCAAUGCUGAAAACAUUUGUAAAAGAGCGAGAAACAUAAAACAUUAUUUGGAUCUGCUCGAUGACAUGGUGCCAGGAAAAGGUGAAGAAAGAGAAUAUAUAAGAGAAAUGGUCAGACAACUGUUGAUGGCUGCUGAUGACAAACACGUGUUUGAUAUAAUUGGUGAGUUCGCUGUUGUUUCUGAAAGUUCUGAAUUCAAUAUAACAGAGAAUUGGGAUCAUCACAUGAUAUACAUGAAAUGCCUUGUUAAACUUUGUGAUUUCUCGCCGUAUUGGGCACCACACGCUAUAAUGGUGGAGGCUUUGAAGGCUGAGAACCCUUAUCCAGACAUGACUGAUGAAUUUAGAGAUAAUUAUCAUUAUAUUGUUGCUUCAAAAAUUGUUCAGCCAUUGUUGACUAAUUUUACAAAUUUAGUCAAAAUGGAAGAUGUCAGUUCUGCUUUGACAUCGAAUAUAUUAGAACUCAAAUGCGCUGCUACUAAGGAAUGA